AGCCUGCGGUCGCCUACUUCAGUCGCUCGUCGGUAGACUGGCUUUCCAGCGGAGGGUGGAGACGCGUCGCCGAGGCUGCCAGCAACGUUCUGCGAAGCCAGUCGGACACCAUGGCGGACAGCCGGGAUCCAGCCAGCGACCAGAUGAAGCUCUGGAAGGAGCAGCGGGCCUCGCAGAAACCUGACGUCCUGACCACCGGGGCCGGUAAUCCAAUCGGAGACAAACUUAAUGUUAUUACAGCAGGGCCCCGGGGACCUCUUCUUGUUCAGGAUGUGGUUUUCACUGAUGAAAUGGCUCACUUUGACCGGGAAAGAAUUCCUGAGAGAGUCGUGCAUGCUAAAGGCGCAGGAGCUUUUGGCUACUUCGAGGUCACUCAUGACAUUACCAAAUACUGCAAAGCAAAGGUGUUUGAGCAUAUCGGAAAGAGGACUCCCAUUGCGGUUCGAUUCUCCACUGUCGCUGGAGAGUCGGGCUCAGCUGACACAGUUCGGGACCCUCGUGGGUUUGCAGUGAAAUUUUACACAGAGGAUGGUAAUUGGGAUCUUGUUGGAAAUAACACUCCCAUUUUUUUCAUCAGGGAUGCCAUACUGUUUCCGUCCUUUAUCCACAGUCAAAAGAGAAACCCUCAGACGCACCUGAAGGAUCCGGACAUGGUCUGGGACUUCUGGAGCCUGCGCCCUGAGUCUCUGCAUCAGGUUUCUUUCUUGUUCAGUGAUCGAGGGAUUCCAGAUGGACACAGGCACAUGAAUGGAUAUGGAUCGCAUACUUUCAAGCUGGUUAAUGCGAGUGGAGAGGUAGUUUAUUGCAAAUUCCAUUAUAAGACUGACCAGGGCAUCAAAAACCUUUCUGUUGAAGACGCAGCACGACUUUCCCAGGAAGAUCCUGACUAUGGCCUCCGAGACCUUUUCAAUGCCAUCGCCACAGGCAACUACCCCUCCUGGACUUUUUACAUCCAGGUCAUGACGUUCAGUGAGGCAGAAACCUUUCCAUUUAAUCCAUUUGAUGUCACCAAGGUUUGGCCUCACAAAGACUACCCUCUUAUCCCAGUUGGUAAACUGGUUUUAAACCGGAAUCCAGUGAAUUACUUCGCUGAGGUUGAACAGAUGGCAUUUGACCCAAGCAACAUGCCACCUGGAAUUGAGCCCAGCCCUGACAAAAUGCUUCAGGGCCGCCUUUUUGCCUAUCCUGACACCCACCGCCACCGCCUGGGACCCAACUAUCUUCAGAUACCUGUGAACUGUCCUUUCCGUGCUCGAGUGGCCAACUACCAGCGUGACGGCCCCAUGUGCAUGGUCGACAAUCAGGGUGGUGCUCCAAAUUAUUACCCCAAUAGCUUUAGUGCCCCCCAAGAACAGCGCUGUGCCAUCGAACAUAGCAGCCAGUGUUCUCCGGAUGUGCAGCGCUUCAACAGUGCCAAUGAAGACAAUGUCACUCAGGUGCGGACCUUCUAUAUGAAGGUACUGAAUGAAGAGGAGAGGAAACGCCUGUGUGAGAACAUUGCUGGCCAUCUGAAAGAUGCACAACUUUUCAUCCAGAAGAAAGCGGUCAAGAACUUCAGUGAUGUCCAUUCUGACUAUGGCGCCCGCAUCCAGGCUCUUUUGGACAAAUACAAUGCUGAGAAACCAAAGAACGCCAUUCACACCUUGAUGCAGCAUGGGUCUCACUUGGCUGCCAGGGAGAAAGCGAAUCUGUGAGAGUCAGCGCCCUGGUCCGGCCCCAGGUUGCUCUCCACCUGUGAAGCAGAGCACGGUGUCCACUCUUCGCUGGAUAGAGCCUUCUCCUGUGCUAGGUGUGCAAAGGCAAGCUCAUGCCUUUAAAAUGAUAAUCCAGGUUUCUAUAGCAAGUAAUGCAGCAAUGGCUUUUAAUGCUGUUCCCCUAGAAGGAAGUGAGGGUUAGGGCUUAACCGGUCAUAUUAAAGAAAAUGUAUUUGCUUUGACAUUUGGAUUAUUCACUUAAGAUGACUGGAAUGAAAGUUUCUAACAGAAAGAUGAUUUUAUUUGAUAAAAAAAAAAUCUUGCUGAAGUUAGUAUGUUUACAUAUCAUCUCAUGGCCUUAUUAAAUAAAAAUAUGUCUGUGAUUAUAUAAGAAGAAAAGAUAAUCUGCUCAGAAAUUUUAAUUUUUCUCAGUUCCCUAUAGAAAAAACAUUUAAUGCAUUGAUGUUUUUUGACAAUAACUUCAGUGACAUCAUAGCUUAAUGCUUAUUCCUGCUUGGAACUGCUCAGCCUUUUUUAAACUUGGGAUUACACUUAUGCUAAUAUAGCAUUGAUUUUACAACAGACUGAUUUGUAAUUGUUACAUUUUUACAAUAAAAUAAUCUGUACAUAAGAAUAGAAGAAUGAUAUUUGAUUUCUUUAGGCUCUUUCUGGAAUUUGGACUCUUAAUCCGAGUAUCAUGUGUUAUCAGAUGCUUACCCUUAAAAUUGAAAAUAAACCAAUGUCACAAGGA